GGUGUACGUCACAACACUCAAUCUCAGUCAGAUGCAGCGGAACAGGGCAGACCUCGCUAUAAUAAUUAUUAAAAAUAAGAUCUUCCGCCUGGUGCAGAGGCCUGGUGCCCACCUGAACUGGGUGGGGGGAGGGAAUCGCCAUGAGUGGGAAUAACACGCUUCUGAAAGUGAUUCUCCUGGGAGACGGUGGAGUGGGCAAGUCCUCCUUGAUGAACCGCUACGUCACGGACCGCUUCGACUCGCAGUCGUUUCACACCAUCGGCGUGGAGUUCCUGAACCGGGACAUAGAAGUGGACGGGCGCCGAGUCACCCUUCAGAUCUGGGACACGGCGGGUCAGGAGCGCUUCAAGUCGCUACGCACCCCCUUCUACCGAGGCGCGGACUGCUGCCUGCUCACGUUCGCCGUGAACGACGUGCAGAGCUUCCAAAACCUCGGCUGCUGGAAGAAGGAGUUCCUGUACUACUCGGAUGUGAAGAACCAGGAGCGGUUCCCUUUUGUGGUGCUGGGCAACAAAGUGGACGUGGAGCAGAGGGAGGUGGGGGAGGACGAGGCGCGGGCCUGGUGCGAAGAGAACGGCUGCUGUCCUUACUUUGAAACCAGCGCUAAAGAUGACACGAAUGUCACGGCUGCGUUUGAGGCGGCUGUCAGGGAGGUUCUGGCUGCCGAGGACCAGAUCGGUCACACGCUAUUGACCAGUACCAUUGAUCUCCAUGGCAACCGGAAAGCACCUCGUUCGUCCUGCUGCUGA